AUGGCUGCGUCGCUGGUGUUCAGGCUGCAUGAUCGAGGUCCACAACUGGUGAGGGAAGUGCUCCUGGAACGAGGAUGGAAAGAAUAUGACAAACGGAAACGCGAGGACAGAGACUGGAACCUUUACUGGAGGAGGUCAGAGUUUCACAGCUCAGAAUAUCACAGCCUGCUGCCAUGGCAACGCCUCAAUCACCAUCCCAAAACUGCCGGCAUCACGCGAAAGGACUCAUUGGUACGCAACCUGAGGAGAAUGAAGGCAACAUUUGGUUCAGCUCUCUACAACUUCAGUCCGACAACCUUCAUCCUUCCCAACGAAUACACCAGUUUCCUGGCUGAAUACAACAAACUGCUUCCUAACAGAGAAAGAUCAGUUUGCUGGAUUUGUAAACCCGUUGACCUCUCCAGAGGUCGAGGUAUUUUCCUCUUCCGGGACAUAAAAGACCUGGUCUACAACUGCUCUGUUGUGGUGCAGAGGUACAUCAGCAACCCGCUGCUGAUAUCAGGGUACAAGUUUGACCUGAGGAUUUAUGUGUGUGUGAAAAGCUUCAAUCCACUUACUGUUUACAUCCACCAGGAGGCGCUGGUGCGCUUCGCCACAGAGAAAUACAACCUGUCCUCUCUGUCUAACGUGUUCGCUCACCUCACCAACACCAGCAUCAAUAAGCGCGGUCCCUUCUAUAAAACCCAGAAAGGACAGGUCGGUUCAGGGUGUAAGUGGACGAUGAGCAAGUUCAGGUAUUUCCUCCAGAACCAGAACAUUAAUGAGCCGUUUCUGUGGCAGAGGAUUAACAACAUCGUCACGCUGACGCUCCUCUCCAUCACUCCGUCGGUACCGGACUGUCCGAACUGCGUGGAGCUUUUCGGCUUUGACAUCCUCAUUGAUAGUAAGUUCAAACCCUGGCUUCUGGAGGUCAACCACAGCCCCUCACUGACUCUGGACUGCCAGACCGACUUAUCAGUGAAGAAGGGGCUGAUCAGUGAUCUGGUUGAUUUGAUGAAUUACACACCUAUUGAUGGUCUAAGAUACAAAGCUUAUCAGACACAAAGAAAUGUCCAAACUAGCUUCAAUGCUAACAUCUCAACACCUGUUCCUUCACUCCCCAAGUUGAAAGACAGCAACUUUCAACAGAAAAAUGAAAAGUCCUCUAAACAUGAAAAGACAAAAAGACACCUUCCACCCAUUGAGACUUUACACUGGAUACUCGGCUCAUACUCAAAGACGAACGUGGUGAAAACAGGUCUUUCAUCACGCCAGAUGAAAUAUGCUCCUCAGGUUACAAACCGAGACGACGCUGAAACACAAGAUGAAAUGGAGAACGAGGUUUCCUCUUCGGUGCUCGGUACUCAGGGCAAAAGGUCAACAUUCAGACCAUCUACAGAUUCCUGGAGGCUUCCAGAUAUCUACAGGUAUACAAAACGUCAGAGGCUCCAUGUUCAGGAAGUGAAGCCUCCGAUUGGUCAACAUGUUCCACCAAUCAGAGCUGGAGGCUUCAUUCGGACUUUCCCAUUUAACCCGGCAACACUGAAGGCUUCCCGGGUUAAACUGGACGUCCCAGUCGUCUUACAGGAGCUGCAGAAGCUGACGGCUCGGGUGGCUUCAGGCCGACUGGAGGAAACGACAGGAGAGGGAGAGGAGGAGGAUGAAGACUGCUUUGAUUCACUGCUGUGGGGGCCAGAAGACCCCCUGCUGCUCAGUCAGUGGUUCAACACCAAAACAUAAAAGAUACCUGAUCCAAGACACAGAAAUGAUCAGGUGGAGCUUUGGCAACACAAGCAUUUCUGCAGAACUCUGACUUGUUUUUAUUUAAACUACAGAAA